AUGAGGGUCUGUCAUCCUCCCAUCCGAAUUCCCAGCGUCGAGGGUCCUGUUCUACCAGUUACGGCGGUCGAAGUCAGUGCUGGCCACGCAAAAAUGAAGUGGAACAAGGAAACCGGUCCUAUUGACAUAGCUACUGAAGUCUGGAAGCUGCUAGGAGAUCAGGAGUCCGUGUGGCUCGCAACUCUAUCUAACAAGAUCGUUGCAGAAGGACGGACUCCGGACGUUUGGCAAGCUUCCGUGACCGUGCCUGUCUGGAAAGAGAAAGGAGACAUUGCUGACUGCACUUCGUGCAGGCCUAUACUACUGCUGUGCCAUACAGUGAAAGUUUUUGAGCGUGUCCUGGAAGCUCGUCUGAGGAAAAUUGUCAGCGUUUCACUCAUGGAGUGCGGGUUUGUGAAGGACUGCAGCACUAUAGAUGCUAUCAAUGCUGUCCGUAUCCUCUUGGAGAAACAUCGAGAGAGAAAAACCGCAACGCGCAUCUUGCUUUUCUCGAUAUCGAGAAAGUCCCACAUGAGCUGCUAUGGAUGUCCAUGA